AUGAUUAAAAAUAUGCAUGUAUGCGUAGUCGGUGCAGGUGCUGCAGGUCUGUGCGCGGCUCGACAUCUUCUAGCAGAGCCAUGUGUGUCAGAUGUGGACAUUCUAGAACAGUCUUCUCAAUUGGGCGGGACCUGGGUGUAUACUGAAAAUGUUGGCUACGAUGACUUCGGGCUCCCUAUACAUACUAGCAUGUAUAAGAGUUUGAGAACGAAUCUCCCGAAGGAAAUAAUGGGCUUUCCAGAUUUCCCUAUUCCAGAAAGCGAAAAGUCUUAUAUACCUGCUAAAGAUAUGCUCUCGUUCUUGCAACUUUACUCCGACAAGCAUGGCAUUACGGAACACAUAAAAUUCAAACACCAUGUUCAACUUAUAAUACCUAAACAAGGUGCCACUCGGGAGCUAUGGGAUGUAACAUGGAAAGACCUAACGUCAGGAGUCUCUACAACUAAGGAGUACGACUAUGUGUUCGUGUGUAAUGGACAUUACAAUACGCCUUUCAUACCAAGUAUACCUGGACUAAAAGAGUUCAAAGGAGACGUGAUGCACAGCCAUGACUAUAGAGUACCAUCGAUUUUCACCAACAAACGCGUUCUGGUCGUCGGAGCUGGACCUUCGGGUAUGGAUAUCGCUUUGGAGAUCACCGGUGUCACCAAGAGCGUCAUCCUGAGUCAUCAUUUGAAAGAACAAGUCAAAUCUGUAUUCCCUGAUAAUCUGGUAGAAAAACCUGAUGUAGUAAAAUUGGAUGGUCACACUGCUUUCUUCAAAGAUGGGAGUCAAGAAGAUGUAGAUGUAGUUUUUCUUUGUACUGGUUACCUCUACAAUUUCCCGUUCCUACACGAAUCAUGCGACAUCGUGGUAGAAGAUAACUGCGUAGAGCCGCUGUAUAAGCAUCUUGUGAACAUUAAACACCCCUCAAUGUGUUUUAUUGGCGUACCGUAUUAUGUGUGCGCGUUUUCCAUGUUCGAUUUGCAGGUACGUUUCUACGUACGUUCUAUGAACGGUACAUUCAAACUGCCAUCGUCAGAAGAAAUGAUAGAGCACUGGGAAGAAGAAAAACGCGACCGCGCAGCGCGCGGCUACACCAAGAGGCAGGCGCAUAUGAUGGGACCUGAUCAGGAAAAGUACUACGCAUCUCUCGCAGUAGAAGCUAACACGAAAAACCUGCCAUCUGUUAUCACUAAAAUCCGAGAAGAAAGUUCUAUUCGUUUCCUUCACAAUCUACAAAACUACAGACAGGACGUGUAUAAAAUAAUAGAUGAUGAUACUUAUGAGAUAAUAAGUAACGGGAAAAGGGAAGUUCUUUGU